ACCUGGCAACAACGACCCCGGAACAACGGAGCAGAACAUUGUUGACAACUGUAGCUUGUGUUUCCACAACAAUGCGUCCGUCUAAAUGAGUGUGUGUGCGCUGCUUUGUGGUGGGUUUCGGUGGGUUGUGUUCAGUGGGAGCCAAGUGAGGAGCCGGAUUAGUUAAAACAGAUUUAGACCCUCACAAGGUUGCAGUGUAGCUGAGGUAGCUUAAAGCUUAGCUGAAGGUAAAGCAGCAGCAUGGGUGAUGGCAGUGUUACUCCCAGGCUCAGCAACAUGAAAGCGUUGCUGGGAAUAGUUGCAGGAGCUGGAGCUUCCUACGGGAUAUACAAACUGAUCAGCGGAAGCUUUAAGAAAAAUAAGAAAAGUGUCAGCAGCCAGCCCAGUGAAGUUACCCUGCAGCGGGGCAGUCUGCUGGCCAAAGUGUCCGGACUGGAUGUGGUCUGCCCCCGAUCUGAUGUUGCAUCAGGUGACAUUAUCCACCAGUCUCCGGGCAACUUGGAGCCACAGCACUUGAAAAUGCUGCUGUCGUGUCUGCAGACGAGCAAUAAUCCAUCUGACAGAUGUCGGAUCCUGCUUACGUUGGGAAAUGCUGCUGCCUUCACUGUGAAUCAGAAUUUAAUACGGGAAUUUGAAGGGAUUCAUAUCGUAGCUGGUUUCCUCUCUGAUCCUGCGGCAGAGGUUAGAGUGCAGACUCUGAAUGCUUUAAAUAAUCUGUGUAUGAACAUCCCAAACCAGGAACAAAUAAAGGUUUAUGUGCCACAAGUGCUGGAGCUGAUUGAGAUGUCACCGGUGAAUUCUGACCUUCAGCUUUGUGCUCUCAGGCUGCUGACAAACCUUUCAGUCACAGAUAAACAUCAACACCUGCUGAAGAAAUCAAUUACACUUCUACUCUCUCUGCUUGUCGUGAGCAAUGAAGCCUUACAGCUUCAGGCUUCUAAGGUCCUUGUGAAUCUGUCGUCUAAUCCGGAUAUGAUGGAUGACAUUGUUCAAGCUCAGGCACCGGCUUCUGUUGUGCUGGUGUUUGAUGCACGGACAGCUCCUGCGGUGCUUCUACGACUGCUGACGUUUGCAGGGAACCUAAAGGCCUGGAGGCCGUCUGCCCAGGUGGUGGAUGAACUGAGGCGGAAGCAGGAUUGCCUCUUCCGGGUCAUGUUAGAUGAGUCUUCCCAGCUCCACAGUAGACUGGUCCAGCUGCUUUCACACCCUGAUGGGGAGAUUCAGGCCCAGGUGGCUCGCAUCUUGACAUAGAACUGCACUCUUGAUCCAUGCACAGCUUUAGCUCCCACACAUUUUACCAAAGCCGUCAACCUAUCACCCUUCCAGUUCAAUUCUAAAUCUGUUCACAUUAACCUUAGAGCAAGCUGUGUAGCCUCUUCUGGAUACUCAGCUUGCACACUCUCUCCCUAGAUCAAUUAUUACCACACAUAUACUCAACUAAAUGAUCUAUUCCACCUCACCAGCCACUCCUCCCAGUUUCUUACACUAUAAAUAAUUAAUGAGUGAGCAGGAAGCAGGAUUCAUUCAUUCAUUCAGUCGUGUAAAAACAGGCCACCUCUCCCGGUUCCUUUAUCCUGCCAGCAAAAGUUUUCUUCUCAUUGCCAGAGACUCUUCUCCUUCAAAGAUCCACAGUGCCCUUCUUUCUGAGAACUUCACCUACUUUCUCUGAAAGAUAUAUUCCAGGUGAAAUUUCUGAACCCAAACCCACUGCCAAACAUUUUCUAGAGAAUGUGUCAGAAUGACUUGUGCUGCAUGACCCCACUUGCUAGUCCUCUGUGGUUCAGAGAGACACUUGAGACGGAGAGAUGAAGAGGCUACUGGCCGCACGCCUCAGCAUGCCUUCGAGACACGAAUGAAUGGAUGUGCUACAGCUCCAGUCCUUGCUAAUUCAUCAACAUGAUGGAUUUAAAGAUGACCCCUUGACGGUUCUUCAGUGAAAGCAAGAUCUUUUAUCUACGUAUUUAAUUUGAGAAGUAGUGCAUCGUUACUAUAGAAGAGCCAAAGUGAGACGGGGCGGUUGGCUGCGUGCUCUGUGACAAUGUGAGAAGUUCGAUGUGUCGGGAAGACCCUGGAGUUCAAACACUGCCUCCCCCGCAUUGAGAAGAGUUAGUUGAGGUAGUUGGAACACCUGUGAAGGAUGUAACUUUGGCUUUGGAACUGCACCAACAAUGACUGCCUGGGAGAAACCCCCCAGCACUGAUCCAGGACGUACUGCUGGGGCUGCAUCUCUCAACUUAAGAACACCCGCUUAUCCCCCAGGGAGGAGCUGGAGGAAGCUGCAGGGGAAAAGGAUGUCUGGACUGCUAUGAUUGUUUCAACUACCACAAAAAUCGUGCAGAUAUGCAGCUUGGAAAUAAAUGUAGGAAGGGGGAUGACCUGUGAAAGCAGUCUGUAAUAAUAAUGAUAACAACAAUGAUAAAAGCCACGAUUACUGUGUUUGAACAUUUGAAUUAAAACAGCGAGUGAAUGUUAAAUUGAAGCCUUAUUAUGUGUUAAGUUAUGCACUUACUGUAAUAAGACAGGCUGUAAGUGACAGGUCCAUAUGUUGUCUAGCCCGAGGACUGGCGCUGUGGACCCAUCUGCUGACUUGUUAACAAUAUUUACAGAGAGGAGGGUAGGUGUAGGUGCGUACCUCUGAUUUGCAUGAAAAAUUGUGUGUUGGAAUAUAAUUUUUUAUGCAAGGAUUUUAUGGCAUGAGCCAGGGUGUUAAAAGAAAUGCUGCACAUUUUCAUGUUUGGACACUGACUUUAUUGAACCCAAAUCCCAAAUAUCUCUCAGGCAACAUGGUUUACCAGAACAGAUAUUUAGAUUCUCAUAUUUAUUAAAUUAAGUUAGUCAACAUUUUGCCUAUAAAAUGAGAAAUAUGCUUGUUAUGUCUCUUUUGAAUGGUUCAAUAAAUACCUGAUAUAAAAUA